AUGUUCAAGAAAGACCUCACCGCGGGCGCCAAAUCAAAGGUGAAGUCGAGCGUGCAGCGGGGGAUCCGGAGCAAAGUGCUGGAAACAUACCCUCUACUCGAGCCACACAUCGACGAGAUCAUCCCGAAGAAGUCACAGCUGGACGUGGUGAAAGUGCCCGACCGGGUGUCACUCUACGUUCUGGACAAUGCACCGCUGUUCUACCAGCACAUGGACGACCCGAUCAUCCCGCACCUGAAGGUGGUGCACCAGUACCCGCACGCGUUCAAGACGAUCAAGAUCGACCGCGGCGCGAUCCGCUUCGUCCUCUCCGGCGCCACGCUCAUGGUGCCCGGCCUGACGAGCAAAGGCGGGUGGUUGCCGGAUCAAGACGAGGAGGCCAAGAAGGGCGACAUUGUGGCGAUUGCCGCCGAGGGUAAGGAUGAGAUUUGUCUGAUUGGGCAGUUGGAGAUCGGGACCGAGGAGAUGAAGGCCAAGAAAAAGGGUGUCGCCAUGAGUGCCGGCCAUUAUCUGGGCGACGGUUUGUGGAAGCUGGAGCUUAGUUGA